AUGGAGCUCUACGUGUCUUGGGGCCUGUUCCUGGCCUUCGGUGGAGGAGCACUCUAUUACUACACUCAACACGGUCGAGACAAGAGCAAAGUACGGCCGGCCCGAGCAGCUUCGGUCGCUGGCAAUGAAGCCUCACGGCCAGACCAACGGCGUGAGAGGGGGAAGCCAAAGCGCAAGCCUGAGGCCGUUACACCUCAGCGGACCGAAAGUGACGCUCCACGCCCAGUGAGGGCAACGGCAGUUGAUACGGGCAGCGCUAGCGAAACCUCCAAACAGCGCAAGGGUGGCAAAAAGCCAGCUCAACAGCAAGCUGCCACCAAGCCGACGGUCGUAGCCUCACAAGCGUCGGCUUCCGACGGCGAGGAGGAAGAGGGCAACAAGGAGUGGGCUCGGCAGUUGGCAGGCUUGAAGAAGGGUACAUCUUUGGCGCCGCCAGAGCGCGCCAACAACCGCGGUAAGACCGUGCGUCAGUCUGCGGCGAGUGCUGAAACUCGUCAAUCCACCACUUCAUCGACGACUGGCGCUGACGCAGACGAUGAUCUGUCCCCGGCCUUGUCACCGUCUCUCGGCGCCAGUGCCGACGCUGUACCUAGCGGUAGAGACGUCUCGGACAUGCUGGAGGCUCCUGCCGCCAGCCCAUCGGUCCUUCGGCUUACCGAGUCAACGCAAUCCAUGCGGGCCAAGAAGCCGCAGCAGCAGAAGCCUGCCGAGUCCGCGGAGACGAAGAAGCAGCGUCAGAACCGCCGGAAGAUUGAAGAGAGGAAGUUAGCACGAGAGCAGGAGGAGAAGGAGCGCCGCGCACUCGAAGAGAAGCAACGGCGCACCGCACGCGAGGCUCGUGGCGAGCCGGCUAAGAACGGCAUGGCCCCAGCGGUGGCUCCCGCAAGCAGCGCCUGGACCGCAACGAGCCAGAGCAAGGCCCCCAAUGGUACCACCACAACUGCACCGGCAGUCGGUGCCGCUCCCUUACUCGAUACUUUUGACGCUCAUUCGACAACUAGCUCCGAUGGCGCCGGGACCGGCACCAACACUACUUCGAUCAACGACGGCAUGUCCGAGGAGGAACAGAUGCGCCUUCUUCAGGAAUCAGAGGAUUGGGGCUGGAACACCGUCCCGAAGGGCCGCAAGGCCAAGAAGCGGACCGGCAAUGAGGUCGCUGGAGAUGCCACUGGCAACGAGAGCAGCGACACGGGUAUCGCCCAAGCCGCUCCUGUGCGGCAACCAAUACCUCAGCUGGUGCAAGAUUACUGA